AUGUCAACUAUCGCAACUAAAAUCAUUGAAAAAUAUAAACUUACUCCAAAUAUGGAUAUAUUUGAACUUAGUCAAUAUACCUCUGAGUUUCUCAAAAACCUUACAGAUGAUAGAAAAAGGAAUCAGGCUCGAAGACGUCUUUGGGAUGGCUUUAAAUUUAGUGAUAAACAGGUAAGUAUAUUGAUACCUAAUCAGAGAAGCGAGAAAGGCAAGAUUAUAAAUGUUAUUGAGGGCAGUUGCAAAAUAGCUAUAGCUUCACCCCCCAAAGAUUUGGAAGAAGAAAUCAUUAGAGAGAUAACAAAACGAAUCUUGCAAAAUAGAUAUGGGUUUAGUGAGAAUCAAGUGAAUGACUUAUUCUCUAUUCAGAAAAAUGACCAAUGUGAAAAUACCUAUUGUGAAAGUGCCUCUGGUAAAACCUUAAAUAUUGCAAUUUCCAACAAACCCUCAAAAAGAAUAGAGGAAACUAUUGGAGAGAUGGCACAACAGAUUUUACAAAAUAAACUUACUAUUAGAGAUGUAAGAGCUGAAGCUUAUGCCUUAGCCCUAUUAGCAAAAAAUGCUAAUGCUGGCUCAUCACGUCUCACUCGUCUUCGUAGAGAAUUAAGAAACCUUAAUGCAUCACUUGAGAUAAUUGAGGUUACAAAAUUUCCAGAUAUUACAGAAGAUGCCAACAAAAUCCAGAGUGUCAAUCGAAAAAAAGCUAAAGCUAAAUGUAUUGAUUAUCCAGAUGAAUUUACAUUAGAAUCAGUCAAAGAAAGAUUAGAUGCAUAUGAUAUUAAAACUUUAUCUGAUUGUCAGGCUCUUGCUGAUGUUAUGGUAAUGCUUUGUAUUCGUCCUGCUGAACUUAAAACUUUACACAUUACAGAUGCUGGAGUGACAGGAUAUGCAAAGAAUCGAGCCAAAGAACUACUCACUUGGAUUCAGCAUGCUAUAUCAUCUGAACGAAUGGGUGAUCCAGAUAAGCCAGGAGUUAAAUGGAGCAGUUAUGGUGUAGAAGCACAUGAGGCUAAGAAUAUGGCCCAUGCUUAUACAAUUGCUGGAGAAUGUCUACGUCAUUCAUCUGAUAAUCAUACUUCUCCUGUGCAAAAUUAUAUUGUAGUCAAUUAUAGAAAAAAAGGCGUUCCUUAUAAGCAAGCAAGAUGA